AUGAAGAACGUCAAAGUUAUUGGUCCUACCGGCCUUGCGCCAAUCAGUCGCGAAAAGCAAGCUGAUGUCCGUAUCACUACUGAGGUGAUUUACGACGUGAUCACCAAAUGUAAAAUGAUCAGCCUCGAGGAGAGCAUUCACGCUCCUGUGGAUGUCCGUAACAAGGCUCAGACCGACCGUCUGAAGGCCCUCGCAGCUCGAUUGAAUUCUGCCCACACUCAGAUGGGUGUCCCGAAUGAUGUCGGAAAAAAGAAGACUGCUUCUACCGGUGUUGCCCAGGACAAGUCUAGCAUCGAUCCACGCGCUAAGCCGUUUGUUCCUGCUACCGCCGAGUCUGCUAGACCCCAUUGUGAGGUCGCCGAUUACAUUCCCGCUAAGGACAUCGCUUCCAAGGACAUCGCCGCCAAGAGUAUUGCCGUCAAGAACAAAAGCCCUGCCGGUGCUCUCGCCAAGGAUACCACUGCACCCAAGAAGGCAAAGGUCGCUGGUACUGGUACUCCCACUAAAGCUGCCGGAAGCAAGGAUGCAGGCUCCACUGCCGGUUCCAAGGCAUCCCACAAGUCCGAGUCCAUCGUGGAUGAGGAGUCCUCUGGCUCUUCCAAGAAACCCCGCGGUGUUACUGCUCCAGCCGAUUUUAUGAAGCAAGUCCGCAAGCUCCAAUUGAAGAAGCAGGCGGCAGCAAAGGUUGUGCCCCCCGGUCCUCCACGUCGAAUUGUCUUCGGAAAUCUCCCUGAUUGGGCCAACAUCUCCAGCAUCCUGCACCUCGUCUAUGGUGGUGCUAUCGAGCGCGCCUGGAGUGAGGAUGAUGAAAUCAUUGUGCAGUUUGUUGAGCAAGACGACUGUGUCAAGUACUAUGAGAACCACUCUGAUGGAAUCACUUUGAAGGAUGGUGAUGACGAGCUCACUAUUUCUGUUACCAUGCCUGAGGAGGGUCUGCAGGACAACGCUGAGCUUUUGAAGCGUGUCGACGAGGGUGCUUCGCGUGUUGUUUGUCUCUCCGGUCUUCCUGCUGGCUUCAGAAGUAGCGACAACGAGGCAAUCUUGGGUAUUGGCGCUAACCCUGCCUGGAAUGGCAAGAGCUUUGAUCACAUCCUGAUCAAACAGGCUGAGUCUGGUGUUGAUGUCUACAUCUUCUUCUAUGACCUCCAUGAAGGUUGGGACUUCUUGCAAAGCAUCAAAGAGGGAGCAUAUGACUGCAUUGCCAGCUUUGAAGUUGAUUCAUGCGCUCGUGCUCAGGGAUUCCACUUCGUUGAUGAGCCCAACCCGAUGCUCUCUGGCAUGAUCGCCAUGGACUAG